AUGAGAGAAGCAGCGGUACUGAGUGUGAAGCUUCCCGCAUGGCUGACCCUUGCAGUCACCUGUGCGCAUGACAUACAGGCAAGGACCAUUACACCCAGCCGUCCCACGUUGGGCAAACCACUCACGAAGCUCCUGAGGCAAAAGGGUCGGACGCUACUGCUGCUGCCUCAGACCGCCGCCAAGGCCUCCCCUCUUGCUAGUACCACCCCGGCCGCCACCACUGCCGUUGCCUGCACUCCCACUGCCUCCACUACCACCGCCACCACCAUCCCCACCUCCGCCACCACCACCACCACCUGCACCCCCACCACCACCUCCACCCUCUCCGCCACUGCCGCCUCCUCAACCGUCGCCACCACCCCCACCACCGCCUCCUCCUCUGCCACCCCCACCGCCCCUGCCUUCCCUGCCCCUGCCAUUGCGGCGCCUCCCACUAGGGGCAGACGUUGCUCCCACCUCCUCAGCACGAAGGUAGUCAGCAGCUGCGGCAGAGGUGAUGAACGGAAGAAGGGGGGAGGGCGAGCAUCCCUCAAAGAAGGGUGUGCGAGGAGUGCCACGAGAAGCACCUACAGCGACUAUGCUAGCCUCAGCUGCAAGGAGGUGCUUCUCGAGCAGGUCGACAGUGAGGUCUGUGGGUUCUUUGGCAAGAAGGAGUUCUCUGACAGCGUGAAGAGAGCCAGGGAGGCGGGUGAUGAUGAAGUAGAGGGUGAUGUACAUGGGAGGAGGGUUCUUGGUGAGAAACUCGGCAGGAAGCGCGGCUCGGUAGCGGACGGCACUAGUACGAAGGUGAGUGACGAGGUCGGCUAUUGUGGGAAAGGCGGACGGUUCUGGGAACAGGUAGGGCAGUAG